AUGAACAGGCAUACCAAACGUCCUUCUGAAACUUGCGACUCGAUAUUCGGCAAGUUGGGCCCUCGUGACUGCUUCGGACGUAAGCAGGCCCCCGGCUUCACCGGCCUCCCCACUUCGGUGGCUCCAGCUUCCUGCCUCGGAAUCACCAACGGCACUACAGACAACGACCUGAUCAACGGCGUCUGCAAGAACCUGACCCUCGUUUUCGCUCGCGGCACCACCGAAAACGGCAACAUUGGCGAUAUCGUCGGCCCUCCUUUUGUCUAUGCCCUCGUCAGCAUGCUCGGCGAAGCUCGAGUAGCCGUCCAGGGGGUUAAUAAUUAUUCCGCCGACGUCCAGGACUUUCUCGCUGGGGGAAGCGUCACUGGAAGUCAGAAAAUGACGCAGUGUCCGGGAACGAAGUUGCUCAGACGAGCUUCAUCAACUCGGUUUUUCGGUGACCCUGAUGACGGUGAGGCGUUUGGCAAGGUGUCUGCGAGCAAAAUUUCUACAGAUUGCCAUAUUGGUGACGAUCUCUGUCUACACGGAGAUUUGAUUCCGGUUCCGCACUUGGAUUAUUGUCUGGACGCGGACACCGAGGCCAGCUUUGCGUUUCAGAAAUCAGGGCUGAAGACUGUCGGUGGAGCUGCUUCUAAGAGCUGGGUUAGUCAUGGCGAGUUUUGUGCUGCGGAGAGAAUUACAGAAGUCGAAUUUGAAGAUCAUUGGUGGAAAUACUGUAGGAGAGACGAUCUUCAUGAGGAGUCUACGCUGGUCGGACAUCGUCUUCAAGAAGCACUUUCUGCCCCACCAGCCCGAAAUGCCAAGCACGUACGAAGUGGUGGAGAGCCAGCCAUGGAUUAUGAGCCCAUCACCGCACCCAUCCCUUCCUCCGACGGCUUCAAACCCUACAUACCGCCAAAGAUAGUUUGA